CUUCAUUUUAGCCUCGAAUUUUUCAUGCGCUUGGCGAGGACCUCUCCACCAUAGCAAUUUUCAACUUUGAAGCCCUUGAUUUCAGCCUCUCCCUGCAGCAAGAGGCCUGAUUGUGCUAUCUGUGAAUUUCUAGCCAAACUUUGACCUACACAGACAUCUCAGCCAUCAGCGCGCAAUAUGGCUUCAGCUGGAAAAACUUUCAUCGUCGAGCAUCUCGACCCAGAGCUGGGCCCUUGGUCGGAGCUUGAGUACCUAGCCAUUGCGGCCGAGAGUGAGGAGACAAACAGCAAAUUUAUCCUGUCUUGCCUUCCUCCCAACUUCCAAGUCCCGGCCGCAUUGUCCGCCAACAAGGCCUUCACAGCUGAACACCGCGGAGUAGAAGAGCUCUAUGCGGGUCAGAAGUCUCGGGUUUGUCUUCUAGAUCCCGCUGCAGCUAAGGACUUGGCACCCGAAGAUGGCGAGACAUUUGAUGCGUUUCUCUUUGGCGGCAUCUUGGGUGAUGACCCUCCACGAGACCGAACUUCUGAAUUAAGAAAGAAAGGCUUCGAGGGCAGGCGGCUAGGCCCCAAGCAAAUGACUACAGACACAGCUGUGCGAGUCACGCGAAUGGUCGUGCAAGACAAGAUUCCUCUUGAUAAAAUGCCAUAUCUGGAUUUCCCAGAGCUCAAAUUUAGCGAGCACGAAAGCACAGAGAUGCCUUUCCGCUAUGUUAAGGGCGCAGAUGGAAAGCCGAUCAUGCCAAAGGGAAUGGUUGAACUGAUACAGAAAGACGCUGAUAAAUCUGUGGAUGAUCUGUUCUAAUUACGCUACCUUGUCCGUAGCAUUGAAUGUGGCCACACGGGCUUGUACUAGGACCAGCUCGGUAGGCUGCUGUCAUGGAAGAUAGCGAGCUAUGCAGGACGUCAUAUAAUGCUAUGAGCAAAGAUAACCAAAAUAGCCAGACUUGUGAAAGAGUUACACAAUGCAGCCACGCCCGACACUGUCACAUUGUAUUGCUGAAAGCGCAGCUCUCGUUUUCAAUAAAGGUAGCUUCAC